CAAGCGUUGAGGCUUCUUUAGAAGCAUGUGACCAAAACAAAAUGUUUAUGUUCUGAAUUACAAAUUGAACGAAAUUGAACCAUUGUCGUAAUUUUUUUUUUCACUUUUUCGUUUCGACCUUUCAGAACAACAUGUGGACAGAAGCUUUGAUAUGGCUACAAAUUGUGGUGCAAACGGUAUUUAGCAGUCAGGAAACUUGUUCAAGUUUUGGUUACAGUUUAAGUUCGUUUUACUCCAGAGCUAAGAUUAUUUCUUCGAACGAAGGAAAGACGACGUGUGGAUGUUCUAUUCUCAAACGAGAUAAAGCUUCCAUUGACGAAGGACUAACACCGCAGAAAGAAAACAUAGAGAACAGUGACAACUUGAAAUCGUCUUAUCAAAGAACGAAUCAAAUGGUUUUAAUCAAGGGAGGUAAAUUUGCCAUGGGUACCAACAAACCAUUUCUGCCAAUGGACGGUGAAGGGCCGGCGAGAGAAGUGAAAAUAAAUUCAUUUUAUAUGGACAUUUAUGAAACAAGUAAUGAAGAAUUUGAACUAUUUGUCAACAACACUGGUUAUGUCACAGAGGUAAAGACAUUACUUUAAUGCUGAGGGUGUGAUGCAUGCAGAUAGGAAUUCAUGUUUCAGCUCCUUAUCCCUUCCACCUUCCACCCCCAUUGUCUCUCAAAAAUUAAAUGAACCUGAUUAAAGAACUGCUGUGGAAUCAGAAUGUGUCCAAUUCUCUUUUUUUUAGGGUGCUAGAAUCUGAAUUUGCAGUUAAAUAUGCCAGAAUUGAUUGAAUCCUGUCUUUUGCUGAGUGAUGAAAGCUGAAAUAUCCUAUAAGUAAUUGCUCUGUCAAAUGUCAUGUAAUGUGUACAUGUGUUGAUUUUGUAACAGCCUCAGUAAUUCCUCCUGGGAGGUGAGGAUGGAAUCAAUGCAUUACACUUGAUGUAGAAAUGAAAGAGGGUUUUGCACCAACCAUGGAAAAAAAAUUCACAUUGCAUGAAAGCCCAUGACUUUGCCUGAAAAAGUUGCAAACAGAACAAAGGUUCUGCCAGAUUUAACGAACUCUUUGGUAGUGUUCACUUCUUUAUAUUAUAAGUUGGUUUACUCUCCUUUCUGUUAUGACAAAAUUCUGAUCUAAUGGCUUGCUCCUUUUUCUGCAUUCUCUUAUAAAUGCCAGGCUGAAAAGUUUGGAGAUUCAUUUGUGCUUGAAGGGAAGAUUAGUAAGGAGAUCAAGAAGGAUAUUCAUCAAGCAGUGAGUGAUGACAUUUAUGUGCUGUCACUUCAUUAUUUCAGAAUAAUUAUAAAUUAAAAUAAUGACAGCAAGGAUCAUAUCGUUGACGAUGAGAAAAUUGAUGACACAGAUGACCAGCACAAUGACAGCUACCAAAUUACUUGAUAAUUAAUUGGUAAAUGUGAUGGCUCAAAACUCCAAAAGUAACCAGCAACUGGUGAAAAUCAUCAACUUCUUAACCCUUUAACUCCUGAGAUCUAAUUGUUAAUUCUCCCCUCUGGCUGCUACACAUUUCCUUGUAAACUAGUUACAAGACUUUGGUGCUCAAUCAGGAUGACAACUUUAACCUAAUAGGGUUCGAAUAUUCCUAUUACUUGUUUUCCUGGAAAGUGUUUAGAAACUAUAGGGAGAAAUUACAUGUUAAUCACAUCUGGGAGUUUAAGGGUUAAUAGUCUAGUUUAGUUAUCAGGUUACUCUACGUGUUCUUUGAUCACCUAACCCUUUUACUUCCAGAAAUAAUUUAGAGAUAACUUUUCCCUAUAAUAUCCAUACACUAUCUAACAAACAGGUAGUGUGAAAACUUAGACUAAUCAUGUAAAAGUUGUUUUUCUUGAUCUAACACCAAAUUCCCCUAACAAAUUAAAAGGAAAUGUAUAGCAGCCAGAGGGAGAAUAAAUGAUCAGAUGUUAGCCAAGUUAAAGCGUUUAUUAAAACAUGGUGAAAAAUUCCCCUACUAUACCCCAGCAAUAGUGUCCUUCCAAGCUCCCUAACAAUCCUAGUGAUGAUAGUGGCUGGGAACAAUGACAGUGAUAACACUUAAAAACCUUAAUGCAGACUCAAACUGCUGGAAGGAAUGUGUUUAGUAUGAUGAAGAUGAUUGUUCAGUUCUUUUAAUACUAAUUAGUUAACGACUGUAUCGCUAGGGACAAUGGGACUAGUGUAGAGAGAUCCAUCAUGGCCACAUGUAAAUGAGCUCUCUCAUGGUUAUCAAAAUUUGUUAGCUUAUAUCAGCCAUCCUGUUCUAUAUCUAAGAGAGAAUUUUACAAUUCCCUGUUUUGCAGCUUUGCUGCUAAUAUGGUUAUAGUAUGUCCCUCAGUUACUAUAUUUCUCCUCUAUUCUAAUGUCAGGUCGCAGCAGCUCCUUGGUGGCUGCCAGUUAAGGGAGCUUACUGGAGGAAGCCAGAAGGACCUGAUUCUCACAUCAGAGACAGGUAUUGUGCAAGAUUUUAUCCACCAUAAAUUAUUGCAUGUGGCCUACUGCUUGUAUGUCUCUCAUACAUGCUACAACUAAGUAGAAUUCAUUCAAUGGGUUUGAUUGGUCUCUUAGAAUGGACCAUCCAGUUCUUCAUAUCUCCUGGAAUGAUGCUGUUGCAUUUUGUAAAUGGGGUGGAAAAAGACUGCCUACAGAAGCUGAAUGGGAAUAUGCCUGCAGGGCUGGCCUACAGGACAAGUAUGUGAACUUGAUUACAUGUAUUAGUUAUGAAAUUUUUAUAACAAGUUUUACAGUGGCACAUCACAGACUGAUUUUUUAACCACUGAAUCCAUGUGGAAUUGGAGUCUGGAUUGUUGGUUUUUGAGUUAGCAAGAAGAUCAGGGGAAACUGCUUCCCAGCAGGGAUAAGAACCUCAACCCUUUACACCCUAACAUCGGCAUGCAGAUUCUCCACACUGUUCUUUAUACAUUUCCUAAGAUGCAGACAUGGAGAAUUUGUUUAACAAUUAAGAUCUUCUUUGGUGGGUGAUCAGCUCCUUUAUUCUCCUAACCUUAAUGUUUGAUUCAGGGGUAAUAUGGUAAGAAGAAAUUAGAUGCCAGUCACUCUUAGGGUUAAAGGGUUUUAAAUAAACUCAACCUGUACAAUGAUUCUGAGUCUAGAAAGCACACUGAGGCCAAACUAGUUUGCUUUGAUGGCUUUGUGAAUUCGCUGGGCAUUCAUGUUAUUCAAGACACAGAUUUAAUUAACCGUUUAACUUCGUAGAUCUUUUUAGUAAUUCUCCUUACUGUCUGCUAUACAAUUCUUCUGAUGCUACUUCUGAGAAUUUGGUAUUGGAUCAAUUAAUAAUCCCCUUAUUGAUACUUUUCUUGGUUCUCAUCACUUGUCUUCUUGAUGUUGUUAGGAGAAAUUCUCUCCUGGUCACUCAUGGGAGUUAAAGGGUUAACAAAUAGAUUCCAUUUUGCUCUGUGUCUGUUCAUUUAUAGAUCAUAGAUGACAUCAGUGAUACACUCAGCUGCACCUUGUGUGCCACUGUGUUUUCCUUGCCUUAUUUUGACAUCUGGGAUCUAUGACUGAACACAUCCACAGCAACUUGAAAUCAAUUUUUUUUAUUUGAUAAAGAAGCAAAAACUUGAUGACAUUAUCUAAUAGAAUGCAUUUGCCCUCUAAUAGAUCACAAGGAAGAACAAAUCAAAAUGUGGGCCUAAUUCAGCUAAUGAAAACAAAUUUUUUUUUUUUUUGCACUUCAUUCAACAAUUUACCCAAGUGUUAUUGUCAGUUGUUCCUGAUUAACCCUUUAACUCUCAGGAGUGAUUGACAAGUAACUUCUCCCUUCAAUAUCCAUCCAUUAUCCAGCAAACAGGUAAUGAGAGUAUGCAAAUGUAUCAGGUAGAAGUUGUUAUCUUGAUUUAACACCAGAUUCUUGUAACUAAUCUACAAAGAGAUGUGUAGCAGCCAGAGGGGAGAAUUAACAAUCAGAUCCUGGGAGUUAAAGGGUUAAAGUGAAUGUGUAACCUUUCUAUGAACCAUUUUCACGGUCAGGCUUUAUUCUUGGGGUAACAAGCUUAAGAAAGAUGGUCGUCACAUGGCAAACACAUGGCAAGGGCGGUUUCCAACAGUCGAUUCAGGGGAGGAUGGGUUCUCUGGUACAGCUCCUGUCACAGCAUUCCCACCUAAUAAAUUUGGUCUGUAUAACAUGCUGGGAAAUGCCUGGGAGUGGACACAAGAUUGGUGGAGCAUACGGCACCCAAGCCACUUCCAAGAAAAUCCGGUGAGUUAGUUUGGUUUUGUACAAGACUUAAUUGUAUACGUAGUGGGAAACAUGGUGGCUUACGGCUUAGUGCGCUGGGCUGCUGUUGAGAAGUUCAGGAGCCUUGGCUGUGUCAUUGUGUGGUGUCCUAGGAGGACAGAAAAACAGAUCCAAGAGUGUCUCCCUCCACUCAGGAGUAUAAAUGGGUACCAUCAAGCUGCUAGGGUUCUCCGCACAGUUGACAAAAUACAACCACGUUGGUGAUGAACUUUGUUCGUUUGUCUCACGAUAGGGUCACUUUUGAUGUUGAUUACGAUGCUUCGACUGCAAGACUGCCAGUCUUCAUCAGGUGAUGAGGUCGAUUGUUUAAGUGUUGCCAUUUGUAGCAUGUUUGUACGCUGCUAUUGGUGCAUUUCGCACCAACGUGCUACAAAUAGCAACACGUUAACAAUCGACCUCAUCGCUUGAUGAAGACAAGCAGUACUGCAGUAAAAACGUCGCGAUCAACAUCAAAAGUGACUCUAUCAUGAGACAAACGAACAAAGUUCAUCUCCUAUCUUACACAACGAUGAACAAUAAACACAUAUUUUAUUACAUACGACUAGGUUACUUGUAAAUGAUUAAAGGGGGUAAAUUUCUAAAGAAACUGUGGUGCUGCACGGAUGGGGGGUACAAUUGAAAUGUCGGUCCUAGAAACUCUCUGCAAUGGUCAAUUUACAUUAUCAACUCAGUUGAUUAAACUGAUUUAUCUACAGUGCGUCACUUGAAGUUAAAAACCACCCCACCCAAAAAAUACUCCAAGUUGCUUGGUGCUAUAGUAACUAAAGUUAAGCACCUGAGCAGGUAUUGGUCAUCUAAGCCUGUUAGCCUACAUACUAGGCUGACUAGACCAGUCUUGAGACCUAUGCCCACAAGGGAACAUAGAACACGGAGCAUGGCUAAGGGCCAUUUUACUUUAUAAGAAUACACUAUGGAGCAUUUUCAAGUUUGCUCAAUUUUCCCUGAAUUCUUGCAUCCAAAUAUGUAACCCGUUUGACACUAUGAAGCAUUUUACAGGAUGGAAAUUAAGCUUGCUAAGAUAAAGUAUACUCAUGAAUUCAUUGACAGUCAAAGAGAGAGCUUUGUUCUAGCAGUAUGCUCCUAGAGCACGCUCCUAUAUCAGCCUCAAGAGAGUUCAUGCUUGAAUAAAACAAAUGCACCCGUAGAUAAACGUUAAAGCACUUUUCGGUUGAGUGUCGUAAAAGCAAAACCAAGGUAGUAACAACAGCCAAGCAGAAAAAAGGAAAACACCUUAAAGAGCCAAUGAGAACUCAAACUACAAACAAGCAAAUUGUCCAAAGCGCGGGAAAACGCGGGCGACCAAGUCAUGAUUGGUUUUAGUUUUGCAUCUGAUUGGUUGAGAGAGUGGCGCGAGUUUCCUGGACCGAUCAUAGAGCAAAGUAAAGCAAAACUAAAGCGAUCUCUGAUCACCUUCGACACUCAGUUGAAAGUUGCUCUGUUAAAAAAAGCUCUGUAUGAACUGCAUAAGAGGUCAUUGUAAUCUCCAUUGGUUUAGAAAGGACCUGCAUCAGGAAGGGAUAAAGUGAAAAAAGGUGGAUCCUACAUGUGCCACAAGGUGAGUCGGCCUUGCGCUGCUAAGUCAUCAGUUGAAAUCCUGUUUGAAUUCGUGAAAUUUUUAAGGCUUCCUUUCCCAACUUCAUAGACUUUGAAAUCCCACUUCCAUCUUUUUAUUUUUUUUUUUUGAGCAUUUAAUUACUCUAAGAAACACCAGUUGGUGGUAGAUAGAGUAACUCCCAUAUCAGUUUUUUUUUUUCAUUUCAAGGGCGUUUCAACCUGCAUUCAUUGAUGUUUUUGCAUUGUAUUCCGUUUCUUUUUCAGUCGUAUUGUUACCGAUAUCGUUGUGCUGCUAGAAGUCAGAAUUCUGCUGACACCACAGCUUCCAAUCUUGGCUUACGCUGCGUCAGUGAUAAACUACCUGAUGGUGCACAGCUAGUCAAAUAACCAGCAAUACAUGUAGUUUGCACUGAAUUAGACAAAGAUAAGUGAACUAAGUGUAUUGCUCGUAGUGAAGCAA